AUGUUCCUUGGGGUUUUCUCGUCCCCAUUUUUAAGUAGGAUCGAGUUUAUACUUCUCAUCCAUCGUCUAAUGGGAAACUCUGUAUCCACCAAAAGGUCAUUGCCUCAAAGGGCAACGAAGGCCGCCACUCAGAUCAAACCAGUAAAAUUAGCAAAACCAACGAAAACUCCAACAAAGGCACCUACCUCUCAGAAAGAUUCAUUCGUCAAAUUGGCUGAGAAUCUUGUGAACAAAGACAAUAUAAGAGUCAGCACAGAACAAUUACCUUUCAACACUAAUCAUGAAGCUCUGACUUCACUGAGGGCCCGUGCCAAGGAUGCUGAGGCCCAUCGUGUGGAGGACGAGCAAAACACAGAAAAGGCGCCGAAAAAGAACUACCAAGCAAAGAUAACGAAUACGCACGAAGGAGGCUUAACUACAAUACCACCCAGUCUACUUGCCGAUCUGAUUCGGGACUGGCAUACGUUAACCAACGCUUCAGCCGAAAAGAGUGGUGCUUUUGGAGAUUCAAGUAUUCACGACUUCGCUCUUAAACACAACUUGAAUCAAAGAGUAUUGAAAGAAGAAAUUGCGCCCGUGCUGAAUAUUGUAACAGAGCCCAGUUUGAGGAUUGAACUACCGAAAAACUAUGGCAAGCUGCAAGAUGAGAAAGACAAUAGCCACGACUUUCGAGUAAGAGAUAUGAAUGAUGAGAUCAAUAAGCUGCGUGCAGCAGAAGAAGAAGAACGCCGAGCUGAACAAAACCGAGCGAAAGAAGCCCAAUCUGCAGAUUUGGCGGACGUGCUUAAUUCAACCCUUGAAAGUGUUCUAGAUAACGGUGAGAAUGUCCGCUCAACAAGGAUUGGGGGCUCUGGUACAGCGGUCGGGUCGACUCCAAGAGAGAGGCACAUCAGAAGCCACGAUGAAGUCAAACGUCGGCUGUAA